UCUUUCUCUCUCUCUUUUGGUGUUUAAUUUGUGCUUCCUGCAUUAAAGAGAAACCAUCUUCAAUGUUAGACAUCUAAAACCCUAAAUGGAGUCUAGUGUCCAUCGCUCCCAUCACUGUUUCGAUAUUCUUGAAGGAAUGUCGCCACAAGGCGAUCAUUUCAACUCAGCAUUCCUACCAAACGCUAACUUCCAUGUCUCACUACAGUCCUUACCACCAAACUCAUCAACUCACAACAACAACAAUCGCUCUCACUUAAACCCAACCAUUUACCACAACGAGGGUCUCGAAAGAAGGGCGAGAAGAAUGGUCUCAAACCGAGAAUCUGCAAGGAGGUCACGUAUGCGGACAAAGAAGCAAAUCCAAGAGCUGCAGCAACAGGUGGAACAGCUCAUGAUAUUGAAUCAUAACUUGUCUGAGAAAGUCAUCCAUUUGCUUGAAAGCAACCACCAGAUACUACAAGAGAACUCACAGCUGAAGGAGAAAGUCUCUUCCUUUCAGCUUCUCAUGGCGGAAAUGCAAAUACCCAUGAGAAUGGAUGGCAGCAUCAAUGACCGGGUUGUGAAUCAUCUCAGAGGAGAGACAUUGAACCGGACCAAUGCUUUCUUUGGUAGGUAA